AUGUCCCAAAUGGAAGAAGAGGACGACCCCUCCCACCCCCAACAGAGGCUUGCGAAUCUAGAGGAAGCCAUGCAACGGAUGGAAGGCCUCCUCCACAAUCUCAUAAUUACACAGCAACAGCCUGCCCCUGCCCCUGCCCCUGCUCCGUCUCCGGCAGUGGGUCCAGGUGUAUCUAUUGGCCAACAGGCCAGCACGAGACCCCUCAUCCGCCCCAACCCCCCAUUCGCGUUCGACGGGGAUCGCACCCAGGGCAAGACGUUUCUCCAUUCCGUCAAGCAAUACUGGCGCCUCCUCCCUGAGGCCUUCCAUGUGAACGGGGUAGUAUCAUAA